ACGACUCAAUGAUUGAAACGUAUGUAAUGUUUGUUUGAUUGAAUUGAAAGUGACUUUUAAUGUUAAUAUUGGUAUUGAAAACAAUCAGUCAAUUAUUUGAUCACAACUUUUAUCACUCAAUUGAUCCAAAAAAUUAGUGAUUUCAUCAAUUGAUGUCAAUGUGAAUGCAAUGAAUGGAUUUGUUGUGUCCUCUCGUCUCAAUGGAUUUGCUGCCAAAUCGAUGGCAAUACUGACUAAUGUCUACAGACAGAGACAAUCAGUAAGAUGUAUAUCGAUUGCGGCCAACAAGUGGUCGCCAAUCAACCGAAAUGUCGACAAAAAKACGACUGAAGUCAAACACAAAGAGAUGUCUUUGCGUAAUGAAAUGGUUCAACGGAUCACUGCUUGUGGACCACUGACUGUUGCAGAGUAUAUGCAAAUGGUAUUAACGCAUCCCAUCUCUGGUUUCUAUAUGAAUGCAGAUGUCUUUGGAUCUAAAGGACACUUCACUACUUCACCAGAAAUAUCACAAAUAUUUGGAGAGUUGAUCGCAGUUUGGAUCUUAAAUGAAUGGCAGAGAUAUGGAUGUCCUAAACCAUUGCGUAUCGUAGAGAUGGGUCCCGGAAGGGGAACACUGGCCGGUGAUAUCGGACGAGUGAUGUCACAGUUUUCACACUCGAAAGACGUCACUUCAUUGCAUUUGAUAGAAAUCUCACCGCAUUUGACACAAAUUCAAGAACAGAAUAUCUGUGGAACCGUUAGUCUGAUUGAGCGCAACGAGAAUGCCAUUGAUGGUCGUCACAGUGCACUCACUCAGACUGGUCUUCCUAUCACUUGGUAUCGAUCAUUAGAUCAAAUGCCUGUCAAGUCUGGAUUCACGGCUAUUAUUGCUCACGAGUUUUUGGACGCACUUCCCAUUCAUAAGUUUGUCAAAUCACCGUCUGGUCAAUGGAGAGAAGUUUUGAUUGAUUGCGACCAGAAUAACGAAUUGCGGUAUAUUAUAGCAAACAAUGACACCCCGGCCUCCAAAUUAUUUGUUGACCCAACACUCUCUACUGACAAUCUGGAAGUGUGUCCACAGGCAGCUCUUGUCAUGGAUCAAGUAAUCAAUAGAUUUAGUCAUAAAAAUCCAGGAUGUUUCUUGGCGUGUGAUUAUGGAUAUGACAACAAUACACAAAACAGAGAUACAUUUAGAGCUUUUAGGGACCACCAAAUAUGGGAUCCACUUCGAGAACCGGGAACCGCUGACUUGACCGCCGAUGUCGACUUCGGAUAUCUCAAGCGACACAUAAAAGACAAAGCAACUGUUUUUGGAACUGUUACUCAACAACAUUUCCUUAAGAGUUUGGGAAUUGAUUUGAGACUUUCACAAUUGUUGAAUGAGGCAAAUGAAGAGCAGAAAAAAGAUUUACAAAGUGGUGUCGAUAUGCUUCUCAAGGAAAUGGGAGAGCGAUACAAGUUUUUGGCUGUUUUUCCAUCAAAUUAUACGAAAACAUUUGCAGACAUACCUCCUGCGGGAUUCGUAUAAAUAUUUUUGACAAUUUAAUGAUACUGUAUAUCAAAUUUUAUUAGCAUUUAAUGUAACAAAUAUUUUGUGCCAUUCAUUAAAUUUGAAUAGCCUUUUGUGAGCACUGAUGUCUAAUAGUGCGCAAUAAAUACAGGUAUAUAUCAGACAUAGAUUAUUAAACAAUUACCGUAUAUAAAGGUAUAAUUAUUGGCACUCAUAUGAUGAGUAUUUACGUAAAUAUAUACGUAAUUAACAAAUAAAUGAA